UAAAUGCAUUUAAUUAACUUAGAAAAUUGACAGGAAUUUAAAAAAUGGAGUAGCUAGCUUUAGAAUGGAAGAGGGAAGGAAGGAAUUGAAUUUGAUUUUGAAAAUACUAUGCUUGAGAUACUUGUAAGGGCUUUGUAAAAGUGAGCUGUGGCUGUUGAGAAAUAAAGGACUUUGUAGAAAAGGUGAGGGGCUGGGGAAAGAAAGAAAGAAUUCCUCUUUUGUCAGGAGAAUAAUCUAGGACUGUGACCAUGACUUAACUUUUAGAUGUUUAGAAUUCUGUUUUUGUUUUUGGCAGUACUGGGCUUUGAAUUCAGGGCCUUGUACGUGGGUGCUCUACUACUUGAAAUGUGCCUCCAGCCCAGGUGUUUAGAAUUCUGUUUUUUUUUGUUUGCUUGUUUGUUUUUUAAUGUAGACCAUGGAUUCUUAUGAGUCACCAGAAUCAACUCCUAGACACAGGUUCUCCUCAAGUCUUAAAGAUUACUUUAUAGGUACCACCCCUCAGCAGAAGUGACUGGAAUCAGUCAGGAAGCAAACUUCAUUUGCCCCAACCCCAUCUCGAAGGAAAAUUCUCCAGUGUUCACAAUUGCAGGAAGAUGUCGAUCCUCAUAAAGUUGCAUUCCUUCUGCAUAAACAAUGGACUUUAUAUAGUUUAACUCCCUUGUAUAAAUUCUCAUAUGCUAAUCUCAGAGAGUAUUCUAGACUUCUGAGUGCAUUUAUUGCUGCUGAAAAGCACAAAGGACUUGCUGUGGAAGUGGGAGAAGAUCUCAACAUCAAAGUUGUUUUUUCUACUCUCCUAGGACUGAAAGGGACACAGAGGGACUCUGAAGCAGUUCUUGUGCAGAUUCUGUCAAAGUCUCAGAUGCCACCUGAGAACAGAGAAGAUAAAGUGUUGUGGACUGGUUGGUUCUGCUGUGCAUUUGGAGAUAGUCUUCUGGAGACUACCACAGAAGACUUCACCUGCCUACCAUUAUUCCUUGCAAAUGGAGCAGAAUCUAAUACUGCCAUAAUUGGAACUUGGUUUCAGAAAACCUUUGACUGUUAUUUCAGUCCUUUAGCAAUCAACGCAUUUAAUCUUUCCUGGAUGGCUGCCAUGUGGACUGCAUGCAAAAUGGACCAUUAUAUGGCUACUGAAUUUCUUUGGUCUGUACCAUGUAGUCCUCAAAGUCUGGACAUUUCUUAUGCAAUACAUCCAGAGGAUGCAAAAGCUUUGUGGGACAGCGUCCACAAAACACCUGGGGAGGUUACCCAGGAGGAAGUUGACUUAUUUAUGGACUGCCUUUAUUCACAUUUCCAUAGGCAUUUCAAAAUUCAUUUAUCAGCUACAAGAUUAGUUCGUGUUUCAACAUCUGUAGCUUCAGCACAUACUGAUGGAAAAGUAAAGAUUCUGUGUCAUAAAUACCUUAUUGGUGUGUUGGCAUAUUUGACAGAACUGGCAAUUUUUCAAAUUGAGUGAGGCUUUGUGUAAAACUAUGGAUUAUAUGCCCUUUCCUCAUUGAUUAUUUGCUUAGUUGUCGUGCUGAGAGGGACUGCAAAAAAAAAUGGGUAUCUAUCUCUUUGCAUCUGUUUUCCUCACAGUGCCUUUGGAGUUGUCCAGAUGGAAGCCAAGAAGGAUUUGGAAGAACAAGGGAUGUGGUAGUGGGUGAGCCACAGCCAUGUGCUUAUGCAGUAGUCAUGGUGCUGUAAGAUGCUAAUCCCUAGAAAAUGCUGAGUUGCUAAUUUGUUGGUUAUCUUUUUAAAAAGUAUAUAAUGUUCAGUAUCAAACUUUUAGAAUUCAAAUAAAUGUAUCUAAUAUUUUGUAUUUCAGGUGUAGGCUUUUAAAACUGCUAAUCCUUUUUAAGCAAUUUUGAACUUGGGCUCAGGAAUUUUUGU